ACUUGUCAAUAAGGCUUGUAAACUAAACGCCUCGUUAGCCGUCAAGCUCAACGAAUUUUCCCAUAUUUUUAAUAUUUUCUCGGUGAAAAUUCGCACGGUUUCGGUUCUCCAGGUGCACAUCGACGGUUUCCCGUAGGAUACGUGUGGCGUUUGUGAAAAUUUGAAAAAAUUUGUUGCAAGUUGUCAUGGCGGCGUUGCCGGCCGACCAAUAGGAACGCGGGAUGCCAUCAUUGAUGAGUGUUCUUUUUCCAUUUGGGUACGCGUCACCCGUUAAUUUUCGAGUUUUAACGCGAAUUUCGCGAUUUUAACCCUCGAAAAUCGCACGAGACGAGCAUCGGGACCGUUUUCGGGGCCCUACCCCAAGAAAUUCCCCAUAAGAAACAAGGUAAAUGGCAAAAAAGGCCAUUGUUGUCACGUGACGUAUUCGAUUAGUAUGGCGAAAGAGCCGAACGACGACCGUGAGUAAUUUCAAGUAAAUUUUUGACAUUCGUAUUUGUACACAAGUUUGUUUUUGUAUAACCCACGUGGAUUAGGACCUGUCCUAUGACAUUUUAACAUCGGGAUGUCGGCGAGAGGGGCAAAGAAACGGGGCCGCCCCCCCAAGGUCCAGGUAUCAGAAAGGACUAAAAAAUUCCAAUAUCAUUUGCUUAAAAAGCCAAAAUACUUGUUGAACUAUCAAAAGAAGGAUGCGGAUUCCCAAUCUAGCACUCCCUCGGCUUCUAGGGCCUCGUCCCCGCAUGACAGUGAGUCUAGGAGGAGUAGCACAAGAACAAGAGGCUCUCGGGCAGGCAGAAAGUCUGGUUAUGCGGGCUCAGCUUACCAAAGAAGAGGUUACAAUACUGGCUACGACUAUCAAGAUUCUGAAUACCAUUAUGGUUCAGAUUUUGGGGACGAUGACAGUGAUAAAAGUGAGAUUGAAGAUGAGGUCUUGAGCGAAAGUGAUGUGGAAUCCUUAGGCGGGCCGAGCAGUGAUAGUGAUUUUUCUUUAAGCAGCUAUAGUACUGUCAGUGGUACUCCCAGAAAACAAAAUUUAGCUUUAAAUAGGGCCCCCACCCCAGAACCUUUGUGGCUUCAAAACAGGGAAAUCCCUGCUUUAACUUUACCAAGGACUUCGGAAGAUUUACUUGUUUCAAAAGAGUGCAUCAUGGAAGUGGUUAGCAUAUACGAAGUGCUAAGGCACUUUAGGAACUUGGUCAGGUUAUCUCCGUUUAGAUUAGAAGAUUUUUGUGCCGCAAUAGUGUGCGAGGACCAGAGCAGUCUUUUGUCAGAGAUUCAUAUUAUGUUGCUAAAAGCUUUAUUUAGGGAGGAGGAUUCGCAGCAGACCCAUUUCGGGCCUUUAGAUCAAAAGGACAGUGUCAAUAUAGCAUUGUAUUUAAUUGACAAUAUUACAUACCCGGAAGUGUUAAGGGCUUACGUCGAAAGUGACAAAUCAUUUGAUCAGAAUGUUCUACACAUAUUGACGAACAAUGAUUAUCCUUUUACCUGUGUCGAAGAUCGGAUAAAGGUUUUACAGUUUUUGACAGAUCAGUUCUUGAUCACCAAUCCUGUUAGAGAGGAUUUGCUAAGUGAAGUUCCCAUGCACUAUGAUGACCACUGUCGAGUGUGUCAUAAACUGGGAGAUCUCUUAUGUUGCGAGACGUGUCCUGCAGUAUACCACCUGGAAUGUGUGGAUCCCCCUUUGGUCCAUGUGCCAGAAGAAGAUUGGCAAUGUGGCAUUUGCCGAUCACAUAAAGUUUCCGGUGUGGUGGACUGUGUAUUGGACUUGGAGAAACAGGGUCAACUAUCCAGGCAACAACCGCUGGGAUUCGAUAGGCAUGGGAGGAAGUAUUACUUUUUAUGUAGGAGGAUUUUUGUAGAAAGCCAGGAAGGUGAAAUAUGGUACUACUCCAUACCGGUUCAGUUCGAGGAGCUGCUCAAAAGCCUGGACAAGGACGACAUGGAGGCAGAGCUGUACCGCGAACUCUCAGAUUACAAAGAGGAAAUCAUCAGGCAAAUGGAGCUGACGGAAAAGCUGACCAAUCAACUAAAAGCCAACAAGAAAACGUAUUUCGAUGCUGAGCAGGCCGCCAUAUUAAAAGAGAUAAAAGAGCGAGAGGAACGACUUGCCGAGCAAGAAAAGGAACGGGAGAGACAAAACGCCGAAGAUAUGGUGGCAAAAAUGCACGAAGAUUGUGAAGAAGAGGUACCAACGACGGUGGUGCAUAGCGAGACGGUGAGUACUACCUCGGAAGGAACCAGUGCGGAUAAAGAGCCAACGCAAGUUAGUACUGCUAAAUCGGGGGAUGAAAGUCAGGACGAGGAUCAAAAAAUGAAAGAUAUAGUAACCAGAUCCAAGACGGGUUCUUUAACGCCUCGCAUGUUCAAUAUUGACGAUUUGAAGCGAAAAUCUUUGGGUUUCGGUGACGAAAAGGACGAGUCUCGCCUCACGCGGCAACGCACCAACCAAAUAGCCAACGGCACUUACCUCUUCAAACUGGGCAUGGAAAACACCUUUAAAAGUUACGUAAACCAGUUCACCACGAACAUUAUCGCCUUAAAUAAGCCUCAAAGAAACGAGGAAAGAGACAAAAAGCGUCACUUAUCCCACAAGUUUUCCCUUACACCGGCAUCAGAGUUCAAAUGGGUGGGCGGCACCAACGGAACCAAAGUACUCCUAAUGAAUACGUUACGGCAUUCGAUAUUGCAGCUGGAGCAAGUGGUUCCCACCCCAUUUAUGCACCCCAAUUGGCAUUUGGUGAGGAAACAUUGGCUGAACGUGGUGGGCAAUUGCCAAUCCCCCAAAGACUUCGCUAAAACUUUAAUAGUUCUUCAGGCAUGCAUCAAACCGGUGUGUUUCGCUAACGUAUGGCACGACCAACUGGGGCACAGCAAAUUGUCAAGGAUCACCGCUCAGGAACGCGAGGAGCGCAAGAAGAUCGAAAAACGCGAAAAAAAGGAUCGGGAAGAAGAAGAGGAGCGCAACAGGCUGAUUAUCAGUAGCUACGUAAAGUACACCAUGGGUUUUAAGCAUCAACUCUGGAAGCAAAAGGGAGAGGAGUACAGAAUCCACGGCAGAUGGGGCUGGCUCUGGAUAAGGAUCCCUAGGAACUACAAACCGGUGGACUCGUCCAAGUUGGGCCUCUCGGGGGAUCCCCAGAGGUACAUGCUCCAAAUCAAAGACAAGGCGGGCCAAAAGAAAAUCGUCUCCUUAAGUCCCAACAUGUACAGAUUCUUAAUGAACAAACUGAAAAACGGUGACGCCACGGAGAAGAAGGAGGAGAGCCAGGAAAUAAGCGAAACCGACAAAAAAAUCGAGGAAACCUUCCCGGAGGUCCUAAAGAACAUCGAAAUAAUCCCGAUCGUCAAUCAGUUCGAAGAGAUCGACGUGUCGAAAGCGCUGACGACCCCCGGGCGUCUCUUAUAUCCGAAGGUGGCGAAAAAGGGGUCACUGGACGAACUUUUAGCGCGCCGACUACAGUUAAAGAUUCUGGAGGAGCGCAAAAUUGCCCAAAGCAAGACGGGAACUGAGCAGAACGAGCCAAAAAAAGACGAUGAACACCCCGAAGAAGAAGAGGAUUCACAUCAAGACACUGGUGGGGUGGAGAAGCAAUUAAACAACAUGCUCACCGGUAAAGUAGCGGUUUCUCAACCGGGCACCCCAGUACUAAAUCGGGAACUGAUCAAUAACAUCGCCAAGCGAAUUAAUAACCUUAGAACGCAAUAUUCGGCCAUCUCGAAGGUCGCUAAAGACUUCCAGUGUUACUCUAAAGGUUGCAACUCUAGCUCCAGCCACCAGCUGGAGAGUAACUGCUACUCCCCUUUGUGCAUUCAGAGAGUUAAAAUCCGAAGGGACUUGCUGACUUUGCUAAGGAGGGCGAACGUGGCCUCAAAUAGUCCUUUAAAAGCAAUAAUGCCCGCUGGUAAAAAAUCGUCAAUUCUGGAACAAACCUUGAAGGCCCCUCAACUUUCCGUCAAAGAAAACGAGGGGGCGAUGUGCAAGGAUUUGGUUAACGCCGUACUUGCGGCGGAAAGUGCCGAAGACGAGUCCAAACAGGACGUUUACGUGCCUAUGAAAGGCGUUUCAAACGAUGUCAAGUGCGAGAUAAAAGAGGAAAUAGUUAAAAAAGAGGAGGAUAACUCGGAGCUUAAGGAUGAACCGAUGGACAUUGAUGUGACUUGCACACCAUCUGACGACAAAAAACCGCCUAAAAAAGAAGAAGAGGAAGAAAACUGCAUCGAUGUCGAUAUGGAGAACAUGUCACCUGACGCUAUUAAAGAGAUGAUCAUCGGCUCAAAGUCCGAUAUAACUCAGAUCACCACCACCACAACCACUUCCGUCACAACAACCAGAUCAAACGACGGGAAAAUUAAAACUCUAACGGCCACCCAAACCACCACGAACUCUUUGACUGUUAAGAACUCAAACGGAGCGGGACACAGUCUGGAGACUCACAACACCAAGAGCGCCACCUACAUGGCUCAACAAAACCGGCGGUUUUGCGGAUAUAAAGUCGGCAUAAAGCGUGAGGAGAAAGUUAUCAAAACCGAACACGCCGAAGAUGGUAGCGAGCGAGUUUACUCAACCAGCAACACGGCGGGGAAAAUUUUCUUGAAAAAACUCCCCAGUCAAGUGGACAUCAGGCGCAAAAAGAGACAAAUCGUAAAGUACCCGGCGUGCUCGACGUUCCAGGCGAGAAAAGGGGUGCACUCGUUGCUGGUGUUGCCGCAGCACGACGUCCGGAAACUGGCCAGAAACUCCGGAAAAAUCCAGGUGUUGGGCUACAAUUUCCUGGCGAAGCAGAACAACUUGGUCUGGCCGUAUCCGUGCGCCAGACCGUUAUUCAAAACCUGCUGGAUCUAUCGAACGGUCAAUUUAAAAUCGCUUGCGGCAGCCGCCCUACAGCUGAGAAUCCUGUGGGCCACACUACGUUGGGACGAUAUGCAAACGAAACCGCCCAACACCGAGGGAAAACACCAAAUUACCACCGAAACGGAGAUCUUGUCGCUGGAAUUGUUGAAACAUCGGCACGUCGGUCAGUUUUUGGAGAAGACCCAGUAUCUGAGGAGGAAAGUGGUCAUUCCAUUGGAGUUACCGAAGACCGUGAGGGAAGUUACGUCUAUAAGGAGCGGAUUGAGGAAGAGGAAGCGGCCGGAGUCGCCGCAAUCGAUGGAUCCUCAAGUGACCGAGGAGUGGGUCGACGAGGACAAGCUGGAGUUGUGGGAGAUCAAGCAGUAUGGAGAGAAGGUGGAAAAGGCCAACCAACAAGUCGUAACCAGAAGUCGUACAGGAAAUUUACCACCGCCGCGCCCUCUGGUGCAGGCUCCCGACCAAGAGCCGAACAAAGUGACAGUGACAAACAAGGCCACCCCCGAGGAAAUCAAAGAGAAAAUGGAACAACAGCUGCGACUUCAAAGGGCCGCCCACCAACAGAAGCGCGCCCUGGAGGUCAAGAGCUUAAACGUUAAGAACCAGAUCGACUUGACGGGAACCACUACAACGUCCGCCUCUUCCGGAACUAGUACUACUACUAGCGCUAGUACGGAAAAAUCGUCUAGCGCUACCGCUACGACUAGUACCACUACUAGUUCGACCACUAAUUCUUUAAAACCGAUUCAACCCAAAGUAUCCACCGCGGAAGGAAAUCUCAAAGUGGUAAAGAAUGUCGUGGUACCGAGCCAGGCGGUGGUUUCGGGCAAAAACACUCUGACAUCACUGCUGACCAACAGCAAUAAAAUCGCCGGGCGCAGGAUAUUAAUGACCAAGGGCCCUGAUGGUACCACCAGGGUUCUGACGGGACCAGCUGGUCCCAGUUUACCCAAACAGAACUCGCAACAGCCAUCGCAGCAGCAGCAACAGCCAAGUCUCGUCAAGCUGCAGAGUGGCUCGGGUCAACAGGCUGUACAACAACAGGUUGUAACUCAGGUAGCAACACCCGCGGCAACACCAACCUUAACACCGUCGAAAGACCCACAAAAGGUCCAAAUAAUGCGCACCCCCGACGGUCGUAUCACCGUCAAAGGUCUGAUGCCCGGGCAGCAGUUGGUCCAAUUUCCCGACGGUAAGCUGCAGGUGCUUACCACCACGCAAACGGUUGCCGCAGCCGCUCCUGCCACCACACAACCAAAACAACCGGUCGUCGCAGCCACAUCGAGCACCCCCGUUAAACAUCAGAUUAUUAAACCGGCGGUUUCCGCUUCUUCUGCAGUUACGCCCGCCGGUAAGGUGCAGCUGAGGCCGUUGAACACGCAGCAACAGCAGCAGCAACAGCAACCGGGCCAGCAGCAGAUUCUUCUGAGUCCGAAGGGGCAGCAAGUGUUCAAGCAGCAGGGACAGCCGACUUUGCAGAAGAUCGUGCAGGGCCAAGUGGCCGUUGGGGGACACCAGGUGGUGCAGCAGCAGGUCGUCGUCGGAUCGAAUCAAGUGAUUUCGACGCAGGGUGGACAACAAGUAAUAACGAACCAAAUAGUGGUGAACAAUCCGAACUUAGCGCAACAAUUGGCGACUGGGAAGGUGCAGGUGGCAACGGUCAACGGGCAGCAAGUACUGAUACGUCCCACGGGUAAUAAUCAGGCGCAAGUGAUUGCGCAACUUACCCCGGGCAGCAUCACGCAGGGCAUCCAAGGGAACCAGGUGGUGCACUCAGUGGCCGCCCCGCCGCUCAGAAAUGUCGCUCCGGCCGUACAGCAACGCGAGAAUCCUGCACCCCAGCCGGUCCAACCGCGUCCCACGCCCUCUCAACCGGUUCAGCAGCAGACAACGACACCUACCGCGACCCCACAGAAACAAAUCGCGAUAGCUCAAACACCCCAGCAGCAGCAGCAACAACAAUCGGACAAUCAGAUCGACAAGGUGACGAUGGAGCACCUGUUGCAAGGGCAACCGCCCGGUACGGUGAUAAAAUGCGUGACCGCGCAGGUGAUUCAGACGCAACAGGGCCCCCGGAUCGUGUUGCAAGGCCUGCAGGGGGCCGACUUUACGCCGCAGCAGCUCGCGGCCGUUCAGCAGCAGGUUAAACAGCAGUUGCUGAAGGCUCAAGCGUCUACCGGCAAACAAGGCGUCCUAGGUCCGACGAAGAUCUACUUGGCGGUACAACCGGCCAACGCCGCCCAACCGGAAUCGAUAACCGAACCGAUCUCGACGAAUCCGCCGCCUUUGGCCCCCGUCCAACCGAGUCCGAUGAAGCAGCAGCUGAAAUCGCCGGUGAAACAGCAGCAGAGCCCGUCGUCGAAGCAACCGUCUCCCAUUUCAGUUCAGGCAACUACGAAACCUCCGGACUUGACUCCCACCUUGGUCCCUCAACGUCAAACGGUCGCUAACGGUCAACAAACGCAAACCUCCGCCCUGUUACAAGCGAUGAAGGCCAAAAUGGAGGGAAAUCAACAACAACAGCUGCAACAGCAACAACAACAACAGCCAGUCGUAGCGACUGUACAACAGCAACAGCUCGUGCAAGUGGCGACUUCCGUUGGCGACGCCAAUAAGCAGUUCAUAGUGACCCCGGACUAUAUACAGCAAACAAUCAAAACGGCCCUAAAACAAGAAAACCUGAACCCGGAAAUCGAGGAAAAGCUGCUGCAGCUGCAACGGUACCAGGAGAAGCAGAUGAAACAGGAACCGGGAGAAAGCAGCUGUCCAUCGCCCACCCCGAAGAUCGCCAGUCCACCCGGUAUCUCGGUGGCGAGUAACGUGAGCAAAACUUACCCGGUGAACUCGCGGAAACGACCACCGAGCACGAGCAAGAACGACGACGCCGAUUGGGUGAUCGAUCAACCGAAACGAAGUAGACCGAACAAGAGCAGCGAGAGCAGGAAGAGUGAUGGUGUUGCACCUGCUCUGCCAGAAACGCCGACCAAAGAAAAACCUGAAAAGAUCAUAUCACCACGAACGCGAACUAAAAGCGGCAGAUCAGACCAGGAGCGACACUCCAACAACGCGAAGGCAAAAGUCAUGGUCACGUUGUAUCGGCAAAAGGAGAUGCUGAAGAAAGACAUCCUUCGGAAACGGGCGCUACUCGAAAAAGAACUGCAGUACGAAAUCCAGAAGGAGGUAGCGGACGAGCUGGCCGCCAGGACGAAAAUCGAACGCACGAAACAGGACGAGGUGCGAACCGGGAGCAGUAAAAGGAAAUCGGCGGCGACGGUCACCACGCCCGCCAUUCCUGUACAUAAACCAGCCGGGGGCAGGAGUAAAAAGACCUCCAAGUCACAUCAUUCGCCUGGGGGCGGUGGCGGCGGACAUAAAUCGAAAAAGGAGAAGGUGUAUUGUAUCUGCCGGACGCCGUACGACGAAACCAAAUUCUACGUGGGCUGUGAUUUGUGCAAUAACUGGUUCCACGGCGACUGUGUGGGAAUCACCGAGGAGUUGAGCAAAACCCUCACCGAGUUCAUAUGCGACGAGUGUCGACAGGCGAGGGAAACGCAAAAACUUUACUGUCUCUGUCAGCAGCCUUACGACGACUCACAGUUUUAUAUCUGCUGUGAUACCUGUCAAGACUGGUUCCAUGGCAGGUGCGUGGGCAUACUACAGUCCGAAGCGGACAAUAUAGACGAAUACGUGUGCCCGAGGUGUCAGAAGAAUAGUUCGGUGAAUUACGUUAAUAUGAAGGAGCUGUCGCAUAAAGACUAUGAGAAUUUAAAGAAGCUUAUCAAGCAAAUACAGGCUCAUAAAAGUGCGUGGCCUUUCAUGGAACCGGUCGACCCCACGGAGGCUCCUGAUUACUAUAAAGUUAUAAAGGAGCCGAUGGACCUUCAAAUGAUAGAAACCAAAAUCAACGAUCACAAGUACCGGAAACUCAGCGAGUUCAUCGGGGACAUGACGAAGAUCUUCGACAAUUGCCGCUACUACAACCCGAAGGAGUCGCCGUUUUUCAAAUGCGCGGAGUCGCUCGAGGCGUAUUUCGUCAACAAAAUCAAAUGCCUCAGGGACAAACUUUACGAGAAUAAGUAGACAAAGUAGCUUUUUUUUGUACGGUGAUUAUUAUUUGGUAACUAUCGAAUUUCGGGCAGCCCGAAGGGGUAAUGGCGAUUUAUAAUCGAAAUUUUUAUAGUCUUUUUUUGUAUAUUUUAUACAUUGUGUGGGGUGUCGGUCGCACCCCUUUGGGCUUUAGUUUUAAGCGUAUAACAAACCCGACGGAUCUUUGGCAGUUUCAACGAUCUCAGAUUAAAAACAGGGUAUUGAAAAACCCUAAAAUAAAAAAUGUUAAUACUUUUUUAUUUUAGCCCUGCCAGGGGUCCUACUUUGUAAUAUAAAUUAUAUUUUGUACAUUUCUUGUACAGUUGUCAAUCUACAUACAAGUUGUUCCCAGUAGCAACUUGUAUAUAAAUUUAGUUAAAGCAUUGUUAUAUAUUGUACCAUGUUUUUAAAUAAACUAUUUAAUUUUUG